AUUUCCGGUCCGGUUCCUCCGCCAUCUUAUGUCGCCUUUCCAUUGUUCAUAACUGGAGGCAGCCGAGGCGGCAUUUCACAGUUACUCUCGUUAUAACAGGUUUGGCGGAGAACAGAGAGGGUCACAACACUGGAAAGAACGGGACACAGGCGGAACUCGAGAUCAUCUCAAAAUCUACAAAGAGGAUUUUCUCUCAGGGUUGGGUGUCUUAAUUCAAACGGAAAAAUAUGAUGGACGACGAGCAGCCCAAGACCCUGUAUGUAGGAAACCUGUCACGGGAUGUGACCGAGGCCCUUAUAAUGCAGCUCUUUGGUCAAAUUGGCCCCUGCAAGAGUUGUAAAAUGAUUGUGGAUGCGGCAGGUAACGAUCCAUACUGCUUUGUGGAGUUCUUCGAGCAUAGGCACGCAGCGGCCUCACUCGCAGCUAUGAACGGGCGUAAAAUAAUGGGUAAGGAGGUAAAGGUCAACUGGGCUACGUCACCUAGCAGCCAGAAAAAAGACACAACCAAUCACUUCCAUGUCUUUGUUGGAGACCUCAGUCCAGAAAUCACCACUGAUGACAUCAGAGCUGCCUUUGCACCCUUUGGGAGGAUAUCAGACGCACGUGUAGUCAAAGACAUGGCAACGGGGAAGUCAAAAGGCUAUGGUUUUGUUUCAUUCUUCAACAAGUGGGAUGCAGAGAAUGCCAUUCAGCAAAUGGGGGGUCAGUGGUUGGGCGGCAGGCAGAUCAGGACUAACUGGGCUACAAGAAAACCCCCAGCGCCUAAAGCAACCUAUGAAACAAAUGCCAAGCACUUGUCGUUUGAUGAAGUGGUGAACCAGUCCAGCCCCAGCAACUGCACUGUGUAUUGUGGCGGAGUCACUACAGGCCUUACAGAACAACUCAUGAGACAGACCUUUUCCCCAUUUGGUCAAAUCAUGGAAAUUCGAGUGUUUCCGGACAAAGGCUACUCGUUUGUGAGGUUCAACUCUCACGAAAGUGCAGCUCAUGCCAUAGUGUCUGUUAAUGGCACGUCUGUAGAAGGUCACAUAGUGAAAUGUUACUGGGGUAAAGAGACCACAGACAUGGUGAGCCCCAUGCAGCAGGUGCAGGUACCCCAGCAGAACAAAGUUGGUUUUGCUGCACAACCAUAUGGCCAGUGGGGACAGUGGUACGGCAACGCACAACAAAUUAGUCAGUACGUCCCUAACGGCUGGCAGGUACCCACUUACAGUGUGUACGGACAGGCCUGGAACCAGCAGGGCUUCAAUCACAUACAGGCUGGUGCUGGAUGGCCCGGUGUGAGCGCCGUGAGUAACGGAGGCGUGGUGGAGCCUGCGCAGGGAGUCAACGGGACCGUGCUAGCCAAUCAUUCCAGCAUGGGCACUGCAGGAUACCACACACACUGAUGGAGCGACGGACAACUCUAGCACUCCACUGCGGCCGCAGCAGGGAUCUACACACAACCCCCACCGCAUUCCUAAACACCCAUCAAGAUACCUGGCCUGGGAAGGGGUGUGCCAUUUUUGUUUUGUUUUGUUUUUUCCUGACCCUCACCAUCCUCCACUUGUUAUUUUCCUUGAGUUUGAGACAUUGAGGCAGAUCUUGCUCGUCAUCGCGGGGUCUCGAGUUGCCCUAGACUGGGAUUAAAUGACACACCCUGAUAUAUAUAAACGUAUUCAGACACAUUAACACACACCCACAUAAAUCCACAAGUCUUCGGCCUGGUGUCCGACUGAUUUAUUCGAAGAGGACUAUUCCAUUUUUAACUCAAAGUACUAUAAAUAAAAUCAACAAUAACUGCAACUUUUUCCAUUUUGCUUUUUUGGUUUAAGAGCGAUUUCAGCUGCUGAUUUUGUAAUAUAUGAAGCCUUGCCUUUUUGUUUUUUGGACUUGCCAUUUUAAAAGCAAAAUUUUGUUGAGAGGAGCGAUGACACCAAUGAAUCGUGUGAAAUGUCAACUUUUUUUUUUUUUGUUUAUAAAAUGAAUAAAAUGGAUGUCAACUGUUGUAUUUUUUUAAUUAGACAUUCAAUUUCUCAAACAGAACCAAUUGCAGGGAUGACUGCCACAUUUUUUUCCUUUAAGGCAGAUGAAUAUUGCACAAUAUUAAUACGUUUUCACAAGAAUUUGAUGUUACGCAAAUUUUAGGUAUUUUAAAUUGUUUUGCAUUCCACUUUUUUGAGGGCUUAUAAGUACAGUAUACCAUUCUGUAUAUAAAUAACCAAACAACUGUGUUCAACUGUUGGGACGCUAUAUAAAGAUAAUUCAGAUGUUGAUUAUGGAUGCUUGCUUGCUUUUUUUUUUGUUUUUGUAGGUAGGUGGGAGGGGCGGAGGGUGGGGAGGGGGUUUUGGGCUUCAUUGCAACUAUCUUUCAGCAUUAGCAGCUCUGUUAAAUGCUGGUCCAUACGGUUUAAGGAUUCUUCCAGAUAACUCUUGGGGGAAAAUCUGCUGUCUUGCUGCAACAAACGUUUUGUUAGAAUUGCGAUAAUUCUGUAUAUAUAAAAUCGAAAUGUUGACCUUUUUUUUUUUUUUAAAUGAAGUAUUCAGUAUCAAGACGAGAAACCUGAAUGGAUCAGAAUUUUGCACUGUUGCCCAUUGGAGUUUUAAAAGACGAGACCAGUUGUGUUGCCUUAUUUGAGUUGAUUUCAUUUGAAGAAACUGAUGUUAAUUAAACAUAGGCAGUGCCUACAAAUAAACUGAGACAUUGUGUUUUGAGGGAUUUUUUAAAGUAAUGUUCAUCCUAUUAUUACGUGUUCUUGCUUUGUCCUAUUAAAAUACAGAUGCGAAACCAA